AACGAGACCCUCUUCGUUCCUUCGCUCGCGAAGAAUCAACGGAACCGCAUAAUGCAGGAUCCGCCGUCUCACCGCGAAACCGCAGAGUAUGCAGGCCCAUUUCCGAAAUAGUAUCAGCUCCGCAUAACUGUACUUCAUGUGUCACGAAGCAUGCCGACUCGCACACGCCGCGCGGAAUUCUCCUUCGUUUCUCUUCGGAUCGCCGAUCGGACCCCGUCGGAAUUUCGCGUUUCUUCUUGUUGUCGAGGCACGUGUCGCAAAUUGAAACUUCCUAGUCUUAAGCAAUACGAUAGUGGAUCGAGACCGUAAUUUUUAAGAGAUCGUCGCCUCUUAUAUCGUUGCCUAUACUAAAAUUCGCGGAAAUCGACUCACUAAAUCGACUAUCUCGAUUUAGCCGCGUGUCAUCGAUCUCUCGGACUGGCUGAUAGCGGCUAAGUGGAAGUCAGCAGCCUACGAAGCCACCAUAGCGAAAUUCAAGGUGUAGGAGAGACCUAGCUCGCGGGAGCGCAGCGGCACCAUGAGCGAUUUUUGAUCGUGUGAUCUAAGACGAUCUGGCAACAACGGCCCAAGGAGCAGCGAUCUCGCAAGAAGCAGAGGCCCCGCAGGACAAAGAUACGACGAGAACGGGAGAAACAAAGAGCCACAUAGGUCCCAACAGUGGUGCGAGUGAGGCAGGAUGAAACGAGAGGCCGGGCGGUGGGCAUAAGGAGAAAUGAGCGAGAGGGGGAGAGAAAGAGAGCGAGAACGAGAGACCAGGCCCCUCUAAGAAUGCCGGAGGAGCAGCAUAACCGAGCGAGGGCCUGGUCCAGCGCUCGUAAAACCUGUUCUGCACUCGAGGGCCACCGGACAAGCUUUCCCGAAGGUUUUCCGCUUUUGACGUGUACGUUUUGGUCGCCGCCGUCGUCGCCGCGACGUCACCGUAUAUGCGCGCGAGUAGUCAACGGCACCCACGUAGAAAAGAAGUCGGCCACGGUGUCCUGAGACGACGCCGCGACGACGGCGGGAGCGGGAAGAAGAAGAAGAGCGACGGUGGGACAAGUGGUCCGAGUGCAAGCCUUGCGUGCAACCAUCGUCGCCGUCCACGUGUGCUGCACUACGCUGUUCUUACGCGCGCUCGCUCAAUCGAGAGGCUGCCUGGCUGACCCCUGCGCGAAGGAAUAAUGGUAACUAGGGCCGUUACCGUCGGGGCGGCGGCAGGUGUCGCUGGGAUGUCUGGCGAGGCGGGGUUGGUCGGGAUGUCGGGCGUACCGAGGCUGCUGGAGGAUCUGGCGCGACUCUCCGAGGAUAAAGACUCGGCUGAUAUCGUGUUUCUGCUAGGGCGCGACGAGACCCCGGUUUACGCCCACAGACUAAUACUUCAAGCCAGGUGCAAAAACUUCACGGUGCCGAAAAGGAUCGGCACGGCCGGAAAUCCGACGCCAGUGCGAAUGUCGCACGCACAUCCAGAUACGUUUCGCCAGUUUAUUCACUACAUCUAUACCGGCAAGAUAAUGCUGCAAGACAGCGCGAUAUUCGAGAUGUUGGGAUUGGCGCAAGAACUCGGUCUCGACGAGCUCUGGCGAAGUUGCGAGGAGCACGUGUCUGCCACUCUAAGCCCUGGCAACGCGUGUGCACUUUUAACUGCCGCUUUAGAGGCACAGGAUCGCGUUCCGGCAGGGAAAGUCGCGUGCUCAUCUUUCAUCGAGCGGUGCUUCGCUUUUAUCGGUGAGAACGCCUUGGACACGGUAAAAACAACGGCGUUCUGCACUCUGCCGAAGGACGCCCUGGUUAAACUGAUAUCCUCGGAUUACCUCGCUCUGGAGGAGGAGGACGUGUGGCGCGCGGUUCUCAAUUGGGCCAAGUAUCAGGCAGGUGUAACGCAGCCCACGCAACACUGGACCGAGGAGGAGCGCGUGCGGGUAUGCCAACAUCUGUCCGGUGUGAUACAUCACGUACGGCUGUUGCUGAUCGACAGUCAGGUGUUCGCGGAGGAGGUAGAGCCGACCGGCGCAGUGCCGAUCGAGUUGUCCUUGGAGAGGUACGAAUUUUUCAAUGCUGAUCGAUCGGGCGACUCAGAAUUUCUAAGGUACGCCGCCCUGCCGAACAAGUUCGCGGAGAUCUGCACGGACAAGCGACUGCAGCCGCGAGUCAGCCCGUUUCUCUUCCCGGGCUCGCAGAUCCUCUCCAGGGACAAGAUGGGCUCUCAGCGGCUGUUGAAUCAGUGGUACGGCGUGGCCAAGCAGAGCUGGCGGCUCAUCUAUCGGGCGUCCAGUCACGGAUACUCGGCGGCGUCGUUCCACCGCCACUGUGACAACAUCAGCCCGACGUACGUGAUAGUGCUGGGGAUGCGCGGCGAGAUAUGCGGCGGUUUUAGCGACAGUCCGUGGAGCAAACCGGCGAAGGCGCACUACGUCUCCUCGGAGAAGGCUUUCCUGUUUACGUUGGCGAACAACGAGGACGUGCCGCCGACCAAGUUCGACAUCGUGAAGAAGUCGUUCGCGACCUGCCACCAUCCUGAUAUAGGACCGAUUUUCGGCGCGGGCGCUGACUUGCUGAUAUCGAGCAAUUGCAACGUCAACAAGGAGAGCUACAGCAAUCUGCCUCACAGUUACGAGGGCGAUCACGCGUCCAACACCGUGUUGAUGGGUGACUAUCACUUCUCCGUGGUCGACUACGAGGUCUUCACGACGAACCAUCCGGUACCCAAGUCCAAUCACUGAGCCGAUCGCCGGCGGUAGAUUGCGCGCCUGUAAAUAUUCAUCAUUUUCCUCAUACAUUCAGCACAUAUCCGCGACGUGAUUACCUGUAAAGUCCCUCGAGUUCACCUCGAGACUCGUAUUUCGAGCGCCGUGAAGCGAUGACAGUUGGUUUAUCACGAAAGGUACAUACCUCUGUAUUCAUAUCUCGAGGCAACGACUCGAUUAAAAGACUGCACGAAGGAUCACGUUGACUCUAGUGUUUUAUUGUAAGUAAGUAAGUAACAAUACUCUCUACACACAUGUUAUCUUUCUCUCUCUCUCUCUCUCUCAUCUUUAUGUCGUUGGAAAAUUAUCUCCUUCUCUCUUUCUCUCUCAGUUUCCUGUAACAAUCUCUCGGAUAAACAUCAAACAGCAACCAGUCCUGUUCGUUAUUUGCGCGACGUUACCUCAGCUUCGACAGACUUUGAUAGUCGACGAAAGCGAGCGCAAACGUUCCGCGCCGAGUCGCGGAACUGUACGCAAUACGCGCAAUACGACUUGUGUAUGUUCGCCAAACAGAGCAUUGCGAAAAGCGCGCGUGUACGUGAGCUCGCCGCCUCUGACGCGGACGUGUGUAUGCGCGCGAGACUGUCGGCGUACACCUCGCAUACGCACGUUGAAUAUUCAUAUCGGGGCAUUACGAGUAAACGCGGCCGUCCGUCAUCCGACGUUACCGCGUUUAAACUUCGCCAUCGCCAUCGUUUAGUCACGUUCGUUAAUUUAGCCGAUCCGCGCAUGUUACCUGCGCAUACUUCUCGUGUCGCGCGGGAAAAGAGGCCGCGUAAAUCGGAGGGGAUGGUGGAGGGAGAGGAGAUGGAUGAUGAAGCGCCGUUCAGACGGAUCUCAUACUGUGCGUGCAAUCUCACAAAGUCGUAAAAGGAUGGACUUUUAUUAUUGUCUAAUAUCAGCGUACAAGUGAGUACUCUUACUGGCCCCGGUCCCGUUCCCACAAACCACAUGCCGAUCGUUUAUUUACAAUGCUAGUCCUAUCUUAUCGUUAUCUAGCCGCAACAUGCGGAGACGCGUUUCUACACGCUUCGCGGGCACACGCGCUCCAAUUGAAAUGAUGAGCGCGCGCGCGGCGAUUGAAUACAGUGAACUUAGAAUUGCACAUGUUCGAGAUGAUUUAUUACAAUCGUUGAUACACAAUACUGGCCAUUAUUGACUACGUUCGAUCUACAGGGAAGGUGUGCGCUUAACGGUGAGAGAGACGCGAUGUCAACGGUAUGUUCGACAAUCAACUGCUCGCUCAUUAUUCGUUCAAGUUCUCAUCUCGCAGUUUACGUACGUCUACGAGAACGUAGUCGAGGCUGUCGCUAUAUGAGACAGACAUCCGGGGAGGAAACGAUUCUAUAUGUCUACUCGGUAUAUACAGACUUUAUGUACACGAAUCUCAGAGACUUAUAACUUAUGAUUGCGUUCGAUCGCAAGAUUUUCGAGUAUUUGUCUGGAAACGUGCGCGAGACGGCGACGACGACGAGUCGCUUCUGAUUGCGCGGGAGAGCUCUGUUUAUAACGAGACAUAAUUUCGAGAUCCACGGUAAUUGUGGGGCGGUAUUCGUAGUCUGAUCUUAUAAUUAAGAUCCUCUUAUGUUCACCUCUAGAUGCUGCUGAUGAAGGGCUCGCUUCAUUGGUUACAUAUGUCAUCCUAAGGCGACGCUGGAUACAAACACAAUACAGUUUCGUUGUUCUUCUACUUAGUUUGCAUUGCAUCUCCUAUUUGGUUGCAUAGAAUUGAAAGUAUUUUCGCAGAGUGAAAGUACAAAUGUCAAUGCGUCGAGGGCUGCUCCAUGUUAUAUCGAAAACAAAAAGAAAUUUUGUAAAUGAAACAAAAUUCUUUUGGUUCUGACAUAGCAUGGGGUGCUCUUCAAUGCAUUGACCUUUGUACCUUCACUCUGUAAAAGUACUUGUACUUUUGCGCAGUCAAGUAAGAAAAUAACACAACUUACGUCGUUGCGUUAUGUCAGUAUCGCUUCAGGAUGGAUUUACGACUACUUAAGUAUGUAAGAUCGGACUGUGAGUAUCGCCUUAUGCUACCAUCGCGAGUCGAUAUUUUGCUUCUUUUUACAUAAGGUCUAUUUAUUUUAUGAUAAUGGCGUCCACGAUUCGGGUAGUUUGUCGAGGCGCGCUUACAACCGUAUCCGAGCUUCUCCUCUUUACCUGCGGCGCGAUGAAAAUCUCGUCGAUCGUCGGACUCGCCGAUACGAGCUACUCUUAAAUUCCAGAAAGGCACUACCGGUCGCGAGCGGGUCUACAAAUUGCGUCGCGACUUCGUCUUAAAAGCGAAGCUGUGUCCGCCGGUGAACAAAACGACGGGCAAAGUAUCGCCCGUGGCACCUGUGAGAACCCACCCGGGCCGGGAAGAACGCUUCCCCCGAAAUUCUCGAUGCUCGUGUUGAGAAUCCUCGCGCGGAUUCAUUCGCGACAGGUGAUUUCUCCAGCGGUCCUCGCGAAUCGUGCGGGAAGGUACGUGAUAGAUUUAAGCUCUAGUCGAGGGUUACGUUGUAACAUCGGCUUAUGCUCUCGCAUACAUCAGCAUACGAAGUGUGAUUACGUACGAACUUGCAGCAAGCAAACUUUGACGAAUCGUGACAUAAAUUCAAACAAAUAAGAGCCGCUGUAAUUGCGUUACUUGGGUUCUAAAGUAAAAACGCCAAUGUUUGGAUA